CGAGGACACGUGGCCGCUUAUAGAUACCAUCCAAACCGCGACACACCGCACGCCCACCGCUUCGCGGCCCAUGUUUGCCUAAUCCUCCAUGGGUUUACUCAAACGCGGGCCGGUUUACGAACUCAAAACCGGUCCGAUCAAGAUAUUUCUCGAUAAAAGCACAAAACGUUAGACUUAUUUACCAUCUUUGCCACCGGCUCUUGUGCUCGUAUAUGGCGGACGGAAGCAGCCUUAGGUUUGGCCGAGAUAGCAGUCGUUCCCAGAAUUCUCCGUCCCAACCGUUGAUGGCGGCGACGAGUUAUAGAGGGAGGUACGGCGGGGGCCGUGACCACACCCACUCCUCAUCUCUCCGGCGAUCGAUCUCGCCGUCCGGUUGUCUGCGCUGCAGCUCCGCUUCCGCCUUCGCUUCCUCCUCCGCCUCCGCCUUCGCCUCAUCCUCACCCCGUUCGAGCGCUUUGCUCCACCGCUCCGCUUCCCUGAUCCGCGUCAUCUUCGCCGGGCCUUCCCCGUCACCGCGGUCGGUCCGAUUCGCCGUCGCCUCUUUCCACGGUAACCAUAGUCAGCAAAAGCCGGCGAAGCGGCCGGUCGUCGGCUCCAGCGAUGGCGGCGGCCAGAGAAGGAUGUGCAUGUGCUCCCCGACGACCCACCCGGGUUCGUUCCGUUGCAGACUCCACAAGGGAAUCGGCGGGCGGGCCACCGCCGUCGCGUCGUCGUCCUCGUCGCUGUCUAUCCGGCUGAACGCACGGCCGUCGGCGAUGACGAACUCGCUGGUGCUGGAGGGCGAGUGGGUGCGGCGGUCUCUCGCCGCCCUCAACCGUCCCUCCUCCCACCAGCAGCGGCGCCACGCCGCCUUCGAGCCCCGACCCAGCCGCCUCUCCGUCAUGUCCAAGGCCGGCGACGACGAUCCCCGAUGAUCGCCGAUCUCCAAUCUCGAAACAGAUUCCCGGUAGAUCUUAGCGCUUCGUUCCGUUCCCCAGCGAGGCUUCACCUCCUCCCAACAAGAUGGAAAUUCCCGGGGAAUAUUAAUGGGUAAAUAAAUAUUUUAAAUUUUUUUUGUUUACACACAUGAUGAACCCCGAAUGGAUCUCCUCCGUCCAUUUGUAGAUACUCUGCUUGCUGCCGUUGAUGCCUAUAGACGGAGAGCGGUGUGGUUAAAACGUCAUUAAGCUGUUAAUUAUGUUUGUGUGCGAAUGUU